CAUCCAUCAUUGUACCCAACAAUCCCUUUCAUCCUCAGAAUCAAAAACCUCAGCUUCCUCCUUCUUUUUCUUCUUCUUCUUCUUUCAUCUAUACAUACACAUGUACACUCGUACAUAUUACACAUACAACACGUAUACAUACACCUCCCAGUCUCUAUAUAACCUUUUUAUUCUCCCCUAUCUUUUUUCCCUCUCCCCCAAUUUACUCACUUCUCUUUCUCUCUCUCUCUCUCUCACAGUAUCUUUUCAAUUGAUCAUCGACCCACCAAAGAAAAAAACUUACAAAAAUCAGAUCUUUGACAAAAAAAAAUGGAUCCGUCCUCUGCAAGCUCAGUGAACGGAUUCUACUCAUUUCUGAACAGAUCAAUGGAUGAUCUCGAAAGGGUUUAUCUCUCGAACAGCUUCAUGUCCGUACACUUUUUACAGAGAGCUCUCUGUCUUCUCCGUACCUCUCACUCACAUCUCACUCUCCUCGUUCAAAAACUCCAACUUCCCGUCGGCGACAAGUGGCUCGACGAGUAUAUGGACGAAAGCUCCAGGCUUUGGGAAGCAUGCCUCGUCAUCAAAUCCGCCGUUUCUUCGAUCGAAAACUUCUCCUCCGCCGGAAUUUCCAUCGCCUCAACACUCGACGGCCACCAUCACCACCGUCGUCUGUCCCCUCAGCUUUCUCGCCAGGUGAUAAGGGCGAUAUCAGGGUGUAGGAGAGAGGCGAUUGGGAUAGAGGAAGAGAACAGAGCUUUAAUGGAGAAUCGAGCUCAGAGGUUUCCGUUUUGGUCGGAACAGACGGUGGCGACUGCGACGGCGAUCGAGUCGUCGACGAAGUUACAGAACGGAUUCUGUGGUUUUCGCGGCGUACUGUACGCGACGAGGAACAUGAGCUCGCUUCUGCUUAUGGUUUUGAUGAACGGUCUCGUCUACUGUUUUCCCGGCGACGCAACGCUAUCGCAGACACAGACGCAGACGCAAUCGCAGGUUGGAGUCAGCGGUUUCGCCGGAGCGAUGGGGAGGUUGCAGCAGAGAGUGGCGGCUGAGGUGGGGAGGAUGGGGAUGAGGAAAGGAAUAUUGAUGCAUGAAUACAGGAGGAGCAAAGCGGCGUUGGAGGAGCUUAAGGCGGAGCUUGAGCGACGGUUCUGCGGCGGUGGAGGCAGCGGAGGAGGAGGGGAAAGCGAGGAGGAGGAAGAGAGGGAGUUGAGAGAGAGAGUGGAGAAUCUGAAAGGGUAUUUUGGUAAUUUAAGGAAUGGGACAGAGAGUAUAGUGGCGCAAAUCGAUGAUUUCUUUGAUGAAAUUGUUGAAGGAAGAAAAAAGCUUUUGGAUUUCUGCAGCCAUAGAUGAAUAUCAAAAGCUGACAUUUUUUUGCCAGUUUAAAACUCAAAAAAAAAAAAAAAAAAGGGUAGACUAGUAGGCUUAGAUGAAUCAGUUGGUAGGAGUUGUUGUAACUUUUUUCUAUUUUGUUAUGAAAAGAAAUUUUAAAUUUUAGUUUUACGUCUAUUUUAGUAUUUUGAUGCUUAUAUAUAAAAUUCUAGAAAUGGAGUUUAUUCUCUGAAUCAUAUCUAAAGUAAAUGUCUG